AUGGGGUUCGAAAUGCAAACACGGAACUGCCUGGUGCAAGCGAACUCGAACCUGCAGGAAUACCUUCAGGGGCCAUUCGAGGCCUGUCUCUGGGUAUCGCUUUUCUCCCCGUGA